CCUGGAGAGACUCUUCACCUCAAAGCUUAGCUGACGGCCAAGGAUGGCGAGCAAGGGGCCAUCGGCCUCCAAACCCCCGGAGAACUCCAGCGCAGGGGGGCCCAGUGGGAGCAGCAACGGUGCUGGUGAGAGCGGAGGGCAGGACAGCACCUUCGAGUGCAACAUCUGCCUGGACACAGCCAAGGACGCCGUCAUCAGCCUGUGUGGCCAUCUCUUCUGUUGGCCAUGUUUACAUCAGUGGUUGGAGACCAGACCUAACAGACAGGUGUGUCCAGUUUGCAAAGCCGGCAUCAGCCGAGACAAGGUCAUCCCGCUUUACGGCCGAGGCAGCACUGGGCAGCAGGACCCCAGAGAGAAGACUCCUCCUCGUCCUCAGGGACAGAGACCGGAACCAGAGAACAGAGGGGGGUUUCAAGGAUUCGGGUUUGGAGAUGGUGGCUUCCAGAUGUCCUUUGGAAUCGGAGCAUUUCCCUUUGGGAUUUUUGCCACAGCAUUUAACAUAAACGACGGGCGGCCUCCUCCAGCUGUUCCUGGAACACCCCAGUACGUGGACGAGCAGUUCCUGUCACGCCUCUUCCUGUUUGUGGCCCUGGUGAUCAUGUUCUGGCUUCUGAUUGCCUAGUGUCAGACGCCCAGCCUGCAUCCAUGACAGGGCCCCUGGACCAGUGACACACCAGCCCCACUUUUGGUGUUUGACUCCCUGGCUAAUCCUGACCCCUGGAAUCAGUGAAGCCAGUUGCACCCCAAAGGAGUCUUCUCCAUCAGAAUUUUGGGACUCAGGACCAGUUGAUGAGGACCCCUGAGUGUGGCCACUGUUGUAAACAUUCUGCCAUAAGCUCGGGCCUUGGGUGGCAAGUCCUCUGCUC